CUAUAUACUAUUGUUGUUAUCAAAUUUACAUAAACAAAAGGAGAUGCUAUGGGAGAAAAAAACCUAACUGAUGAACAAAAAAAAUUUUUAGAAGAAUGUGAAGAGGAAUUUAAAGAUCGAUACACUGAGAAAGAUACAGAAUUUAUGAAAAUUAAAAAUAUGGAAUUAAAAAAGCCACCCAUUGCUGACCCCUGGUAUCCUAGAAAUAAGAGAUAUAACAAUGAUAGAGAUGAACGUCGAUAUUGUGGUAGACAUUAUUCUAAUCAUCGCUAUAAAGCUCGUCACAGAUCAUAAUUAUUGAAGUUAUAAAUAAAUUCCUACAAAUAUCUGUUCUAUAAAUUUCUAUAAUUGACUGUAAUCAUUUAUUGGAUAAUAAAAUAUUUAAACACAUA